GCAGUAUGAAAGAUUUUGGAGUAGUGUAUAAAAUAUUUUAUAUAUAUUUUUUAAUAUAUGCUGCUUCAUUUGGUGUAUGUUCAGAAACCUGUGUAAGUAGAGAUUAUGGAAAUGGAGGUACAGUAUGUGUUUGUACCGACAGCAGAUGUCAUACAAUUUCUCCUGUACAGAGAUUACCUUCUCACCAAUACGUUGUAUACACAUCAAAUAAACAAGGAGAGCGAUUAACUAAGAGCGUAAAAACAUUAAGCAAUUCUCCACCUAAAGAAUGCCAAAUACCUUAUUCUGAUCGAAUUUGUGAAAAUAAUGACUGUUCCGGUAUCAAAAUAUGUGGGGAGAGAGACUUAAAUCCCUGGGUAGUCUACAAAGAAGGACGACCUUAUUUUCCUUCUGCUUUAGAUACUAUUAAUCCCAACGUUUAUAUUGACACACAUAUCCAGUUCCAAAAAAUCAUUGGUUUUGGUGGAGCCUUUACUGAUUCUACAGGACUUAAUAUUAAGGAUAUGAGUUCACUACUCCAAAAUCAUUUAAUGAGAUCAUACUUUUCUGAGGAAGGCCUAGAAUAUAAUAUGGGACGGGUACCAAUGGCAAGUACAGAUUUUUCAAUUCGCGCUUACUCGUAUAUGGAUAGUGAGGACGAGGAUGUAGAUUGUGUAGAUUCAACGUUAAAGAGCUUUCAGCUAGCACAAGAAGAUUUUGAAUUUAAAAUACCUUAUAUUCAAGAAGCAAUGAGACUUUGCCCAAGUCUACAACUUUUUGCAUCAGCAUGGGUUGCACCAAAAGUAUUUAAAGAAAAUAAUAGUUACAGAGGAACAGUGGGUUUUAUCAAACGGGAGCUAUAUGAACUUUAUGCAAAAUAUUUCGUAACCUUCUUGGACAAGUAUCUUCAAAACGGAAUUUAUUUCUGGGGCAUUACAACUGGAAAUGAAGUAUUUGUAGCUAUGCUGGACUACGGUGGUAUUCCUGGUGUACUGUGGAUGCCAGAUGACCUUGGUUUAUGGGUGAGAGAUUACCUUGGACCAGCAAUCAAACAGUCAGCUCAUAAAAAUAUAAAGAUAAUCACAGUGGAUGACCAAAGGCCUUUAAUCCCUCGGGUUCUGAAAAAGAUUAUGUUUGACCAACAAACAUUUGAUCUCAUAGAUGGUAUUGGCCUACAUUGGUAUUUGGAUAACGACAAUAACACUCAUUUGUUGGAUGAAACUCAUACGUUGUACCCCACCAAGUUUAUGCUGGGUACAGAAGCUUGUGCAGGGGACUUCGAAAACAACGUUCGAUUAGGGAAUUGGACGAGAGCUGAACUAUACGCCAAGGAUAUUAUUCAGGAUCUUAACCACUGGGUUCAAGGAUGGGUAGACUGGAAUAUGGUUCUUAACACAAAGGGUGGUCCAUCACUUGCAGGUCCAGUAGACUCUCCCAUAAUUGCAAAUGUAACGGAAUUUUACAAACAACCGCAGUACUAUGCUAUGGGACACUUCUCUAAAUUUAUUCCAAGGGAAUCUGUCAGAAUUUAUUCCUCCCAAUGUGAUAACGAUAGUAAAGUGGACUUGGUUGCGUUUAAAAGACCGGACGGAGGAAAAGUUGUUGUUAUAUUAAACAGGUAA